AUGGUGCAGCUAGAAGGCUAUGAGCACGGGUCUGGUGUGGUAUGUAAACUAGAGAAGGCGCUCUAUGGGCUGAAACAAGCCCCACGAGCCUGGUACCUUAAGCUCAGCAGCACCUUAUUCAGCUUUGGGUUCACCAGUACAACCUCUGAUCCAUGUCUCUUUGUGCGUUCCUGCUCGAUAUCCACCACUUAUCUCCUGGCCUAUGUAGAUGACAUUCUCGUGACGGGAACAAGCGCCACUGAAAGCUUAAGUCAACAGUUGCAUGCGGUAUUCACCCUCAAAGAUCUAGGAGAAAUGAGCUUCUUUCUCGGGGUCGAAGUGGUCAGGGACUCGUCGGAUUCCCUUCCUCUCAAACAGUCCAAAUACUUCAAAAAGCUUCUAGGAAGAGCUAACAUGCCAGAUGCCAAACCAGUGCCGACUCCUAUGCUCAGUAGUCCCAAGCUCACAGCAAGCAUGGGAUCACCCUUCAAAAUCCCUCAUUAUAUAGAUCUAUGUUAUGGGAAUUUGGAUUUCACCAUAGACCUACAUCGUGGUGACAAGUUUCAUGAUACAGAGCAUGGUCUAGAAUAUUUGGAGAGGAGGGAAACAGGGACGGAUACAUGGGGGGGUAAAAAGAAACUAGAACAUUUUAUGAUGAAAAAGCAAAGUAAAAUUGAUGCAAUUUUUAAGAGAAAAGCUGCUGAUAAUGUUGGAGUUCAAACAAGCCAACCCUCUAAUCUUAUUUCACAAGAAGUUCAAGUAAGUGAACUCUCUAAUCUUACUCAAAAUGCACAUCAACAUGAAUCCAAAGUUUCAAGAUUAGAAAGAGAUGUUGAUAUCUCUUUACUAGAAAGGGAUCCAGGAAAGCGACGUCUAAUUUGGCAGUAUAAUGUCAAUGAACGUGAUAAGAUUCGUAGAGCAUACAUAAUAGCUGGGCCAUACCAACCAACAAAUAUUAGUUAUCCAGCUUCUGGUAAUAACAAUCACCGUCGAUAUUUUCAAUCUUCUUGGUUUAAGAAAUUUCCAAGUUGGUUAGAAUAUUCACCAGAAAAAGAUGCUGCUUAUUGUUUGCCUUGCUACUUGUUUAGUAAACAUUAUGGUGCUCGCAAUGAUGGAAAAAAUGCAUUUUCAGAGUUAGGAUUUAGUAAUUGGAAGAAAGUAAAUAAUGGAGUGAAUUGUGCAUUUGUAUGUCAUGAGGGUUCUAUUCCUAAUUCUCCCCAUAAUUUAUGUGUGAAAUCUUGUGAUGAUUUAAUGGCUCAUUCUAAGCAUAUAGACAAAGUUCUUGAUAGGAAUAGUGAUGAAACUAUUGCAAAUAAUCGCUUAAGGUUGAAGACAUCUAUUGAUGAUAUUCGAUGGCUUGCAUUUCAAGCAUGUGCAUUUAGAGGCGACGAUGAAAGUCCUGGAUCUUUGAAUAGGGGAAAUUUUAUUGAGUUAAUUAAGCUUUUAGCUUCAUGCAAUCAGAAUGUUAAUAAUGUUGUCCUUGAAAAUGCUCCUGGAAAUACUCAAUAUAUAUCUCCCAGUGUUCAAAAAGAUAUAUUGCAUAUCUUUGCUAGAAAAGUGCGUGCAACAAUUCGAGAAGAAAUUGGUGAUUCUAAAUUUUGUAUAAUUAUUGAUGAAGCAAGAGAUGAGUCAAAGCAAGAACAAAUGUCUGUGGUUUUGAGAUUUGUAGACAAGCACGGUUGUGUUCAAGAAAGAUUUUUUGAUCUUAUACAUGUUUCUGAUACGUGUUCUUUGACAUUGAAAACAGAAAUUUCAUCAGUUCUUUCUCGUCAUAAUCUUGAUGUUCAAAAUCUUAGGGGACAAGGGUAUGAUGGAGCUAGUAAUAUGCGUGGUGAAUGGAAUGGAUUGCAAGCUCUAUUUUUGAAAGAUUGCCCUUUUGCUUAUUACAUUCAUUGUCUUGCUCAUCGAUUACAAUUAGCACUUGUUUCUGCAGCCAAAGAAGUUUGUUAUGUUCAUCAAUUCUUUUCAAAACUUACCCUAAUUGUGAAUGUUGUGACUGUUUCUCCUAAACGUCAUGAUCAGUUAAGGGUUGCUCAAGCAAAUAAUGUUGCAAACUUAAUUGCCAAUGAUCAAAUUGUGACAGGUAGUGGACUUAAUCAAAUUGGUACUUUGCAAAGAGCUGGAGAUACUAGAUGGGGGUCUCAUUUGAAUUCUGUACGUAGCUUGCUAUGCAUGUUUGAUGCUACUUGUGAAGUUCUUGAAAAAAGCAGUGAAGAAGGUAAUUUCUCCACUCGUGGUGAUGCUAGUGCUGCUUAUGAUGCUAUCACAUCCUUUGAAUUUGUCUUUGUUUUGCAUUUGAUGAGAAAUAUUUUGGAAGUUAGUCAUGAUCUUUGUCAAGCUUUGCAACGAAAAAAUCAAGACAUAUUGAAUGCUUUAACUCUGGUUUCUACUACCAAGACUUUAAUCCAACGAAUGAGAGAAUCAAGUUGGGAAGCUGUUGCAAGAGAUUAA